GCAGCUUCUUCUCUGUUUAUGCUCUGCUACUUGCAUUCCCCUUCCUUCAUUUCCUCUGAUUUCCAAACAAGAAAACAUGGCUGAGAUUGCAACCAUUUUUCUCUCUCCCUUCCUCCAAGCUUUUUUCGAAAAAAUGGCAUCUGGUGACUUCGUUGAGUUCUUUCGGCAUCGAAAACUCUCCGAAGGACUCCUCAAGAAGUUGGAGACAUCAUUCAUGACCUUCGUUGCAGUGCUUGAAGACGCUGAAGAAGUGCAAGUUACAAAGCCUGUUGUGAAAAAGUGGCUUGAUGAGCUGAAAGAUGCGGUCUAUGAUGCAGAGCACGUCUUGGAUGAGAUUGCUACUCAAGCCUUGCGAAGCGAGUUGGAUGCUCAAUUUCAAACCACUGCAAGCAAGGCUAGAGUCCCUGGAGAUACCAGGCUGCAAGGUGUGAUUGAAAGUAGUGGGAUAUUAUGUUUUGGUGGCAAAUGCAGAGGAGUUGAAGUGGGUACUCGAUGCUAUUUGAGAAGACCCAUUAGAUUGUUUGUGGAUCAUUGCAUGUGUGCUUAUUUUUAUGUUGGCUGUAGAAGAACAUUCUCUGUAAUAUCAUGAAUGCAUGUGUAAAUGCUUCGUUGGACCGCUAGAAGAGUCUAUCUGAAAUUCCAUGGUUGUUCUUCUUCAAAGAAAGCUACCGUCAGUCUGAAUUGCAAAGGUAUCUUUUGCAUCAUAUUUGUUAUGCUAUAAAGUUCAUCUGCGUUAACUUCUGUUUUUUAAAGAAAAUGUGAUGCUUUGGCUGUUUAAUGAAUUACAUGACAUCUUCCUGAAACUGACAAUGGGAAUUUGAUGCUGCUAUGUAAAUCAUGUGUGGAGUGCUGAAAAGAUUCUCGAGCUAACUUUGCUUAAACAGCUGAUGCUAAUGAUGGUUCUGUUGCCACCAGAAUUACUUUUCUGUUUAUUGGAUCUGCAAAUGUUAACAAGACUCAUCCACCAGAAAUUGCCAAAAGGGAAGUGGUUCUGUUUCGCAGAGAACAAAAGCUUCCGUAAUCACUUCUGAAUCCUGUAAGGAGGCUAACGUUCAAUAAGAUGGAGGGUUCUUAAUUGGAAAUUGACCUCUUCUUAUGAAACUAGACUUUUUCCCAUUUUCAUAGUAAAAAACAAAAUUGAAAGUAGACAGUUGCUUUCAAAUGUUGUUGCCUCCAUGUGAGUGAUUGUCAAAUUUUUCCUGUCAUAUUUUGCAAUUCUAUUGCCACUAGAAAUACUUUUUUGUUUAUUUGAACUACAAAUGGUAACAAUAUUUAUCCACAAUAUUUAUCCAUAACUAUUGGUUGUUCACUUCAAAAUUUUAUAGUUGAAAAGAAAGCCAUAUAUUCCAUGUGAUAUCUAAUAACUCAAAAAAUUAAGUUGAAUUUACUCUAAAAGAUCCAUGAAUGGGUACUAGGAAACAGAUGAAGACUCAUUUGCUAUUUUUUAAUGCAUGCUUUUAUUUGUGUCAAAAAGCAUCUCGAGUUGAUUGGAAACCAGCUUAGCACUUGCAUGGUAUGUUUAAUUAGAAUCUGCA